AUGAGUUACACACCAAGAUCAGCAGAUGCAUAUGCAUACGACCCAGCGUUACCACCGACGAACGUUCCUAUUAUGUCGGGGGCAACUGCUUUUGAUUGUCCACAGACUGGUAAUACGUUCAUCUUGAUAAUUAACGAAGCACUCUACUAUAGGAACCGAUUGGACCAUUCACUAAUAAAUCCAAACCAGGUACAAAGUUUCGGAAUUCCCCUAUGGGAUAACCCUUUUGACGAAAGAAGACAUGUUGGUAUUGAAUCCAAAAAGAUAUUCAUAGCAUUAAAGGCAAUAAAAGGCACAAAGUUACUUUUUGAUUCGAGGGCGCCAACUGAACAAGAACUUGCAACCUGUCUCCACGUCGAUAUGACGAGCAAGGUGCCGUGGAACCCAGGAACUGUCCAACUUGGUAAGGUCUCAGCAGCCCACAAAGACACUGAGGACCAUGUAGACAAUCCAAGAUCCAACGAGGCAGAACUGAGACAAUUUGAUCCCAUAAUGCAAGGGAUGAACGAAUGGCGCACCGUACAAACGGCGAUGGCCGAUGGGGAAAGAUUCUUGCAACAAAUGGCACAAACAGGAAAUGAAUGA